UGAAAAGAAGAGAAAGAUGGAGAAAGAAGAAAAUGAAAAGAAGAUAAAGAUGGAUCGUAGAGAAGAAGAAUUAGAAGAAAGACGCAAGAGCGCAAAAGAGAGAAUUGAAUUUCUUUCUAAAAAAGAUGGGUCUUUCGACAGAAUUGUGGAGGACAUCAAACAAAAUCCGGAGAAGGGUCCGUUGGAGAAAGUUAUUAUGACCCAAUUUGUGAACUUCUGUCACGGUCGCAAGGAGAAAAAAGAAGAUGAUCAAGAAGAAGACGAAGGAAAAAGUAAAACCAAGAGAAAGAGAAGUAGAAAACGAAAACCUAAUACAGCAUCUUUACAUGCUCUUGCCAAGAAUUUUCCAAGGGACAACAUGAUCGAGAUCAAAAAGACAAAGGGAAGGUGCCUUCAAAUGUAUCAAGAAAAAGAGGCAGAGAAAUCAAAGAAAGGAGAGAAAGGAAAGAGAAUUAACUUUGCAAAAGUAGGUUUAGAACCACCACCUCCAAUGCCUAGUGAUUUGAUGGAAAAAAUUAAAAGUAGAGGGGGUACUGAUGUGAAGUUGGUGAUAAUGAAACAACUAUUUGAAACUGACUUAAAGACAGGCCAGGAUCGUCUAUCAAUUCCUGAGAAGCAAGUAAGGGAUCCUACCUUUCUUGAAGAUCAUGAAAAGAAAAUUAUAUCCGACGAUGGACGCAUACGUGUUUCAGUCAUUGAACCAUGUGGUUUUGAUUCUGAAAUGUGCUUCAGGAAAUGGCCAAUGAACACAACUUUUAUAUAUGCCCUGACCAGUAGUUGGAGAAGUGUUUUUCUUAGGGAGGAGAACGAGGAGUUGCUCAAGAAAAAUGCGGUUGUGCAGCUUUGGUCAUUCAGGGUUAACGGAAAACUCUGCUUUGCACUCGUUAACGUUCGUAAGGGAGAUCCAGACUCAGAUUCUGAUUCUGAUGCUACUGCUUCUGGCAGUCAAAAAGAGGGAGGGGAGGAUGAUGCUAGUUCCAGCAAUAGUACUGUGAUUGAUCAAGAAGAAGAUAAAUCUGUGUAAUCGUAUUCUCUACUUUAUUCAUUUGUAGAAUUUAGUUAAUUGGGUUCAUAUGAUCGUAGCUUUUUUUUUUUUUUU